GGGGGAUUUACGCCGAAAUGUCAGAGGCGAUGAAGUUAAUUGGGCAUAACAAGUCCAAGGAUCAAGUGCACAACAAGAUCGAAAACCUCACGAGCGUCUACCGGAAGCACCUGCGGACGGCCAGCACAACCGGAGCAGGAGGAGUGAACUGGCCGUUCUACUGGGAGAUUCACCGUUUCCUGGGAUCCCUGCCCGCAAACGACAACACUCUCGUGGACGAGAGCUUGUGUGCAGAUGAUGUGACACCAGCUGUGUUGGAGCUGCUUUCAGAAACACAGGCAGAGGAUGUCCCGUCAGACGACAUGAGGGACGACACAUCCGACGAGACGUCCCAGGAGCUGCCUGGUGCGAGUACCAGCGAACUGCCUGGUGCAAGUACCGGCGAGCUGCCUGGUGCGAGCACCAGCAAAUCUAGGAGCGGCCACAAUGCUGGCAGCAGCAACCCUGCUGGCCGUGGAAAGAAGGCCGGUGGUGCCAGUAAUGGCACAACUAUCAUGUUGCCGCAGGUGCCAGAGUCAGGAAAAAGGAAAGGACCUCCGCACCCCUCUGCCACCCUCGCAAAGGCGGUAAUUGAGGAGCAGAAGUUGCUCCGUUUAAGUUUGGAAACGGCUCGGGGCCGUGAGUUCACUCUGCGGGAGCAGGAGCUCAAAAUUCAAGAAAAAGCACUGGCCGUGCAAGAAAAGCUUGCGAAUGCCAUGAUGGCCUUUUUCAAUAAAACAGGCUAG